AUGGCAAACUAUUUGAAGAGCAUGGGUGGCAUGGGAAGAGGCAUGGGAGGAGGCAUGGGUGGCAUGGGAGGGAUAAAUGCCAUGGGAGGGAUGGGAGGCUUCGGAGGGAUGAAUGCCAUGGGAGGCAUGGGUGGCUUCGGACUCUAUGGAGGCAUGAUGAAUGCACCGACGAGUGAAAUUGGAGGCAUUGGUGGCUAUGGAGAAGGCAUGGGUGCACCAUCGGGGGGUUUCAUGGCCUCCAUGAAUCCUCCUUCAAGUGAUCAAACCAUCAUCCAAGAGUCCAAUGAUGAAGAAGGACAAAAUGGAGAUGGCCAUGAGGAUGAGGAUGUUGAAAAAUGA